GUCCUCCGUAGGCAGCAGCUAAGACGCUUACUCCAGUUUGGGCAUUGAGGGCACAGUGCGUAGUGGUCCUGGAAGUAAAGAGAAUCCUGGUUUUCCGCAGAGAUCUAGGAUUAACCUAAGCGUUCGGGUUCGGGAGCGGCCACAAGGGCGCCUCACUCCAACCUCAGCCAUCCGCAACAGGGUGGGGUAUUAGUAUUUUUCCGCGCCCGCCCCAACGAGGGAAAGCGCCGAGUCAUUCCGGCGGGGCGCGCCGGGCGGGGCUCGGGCCACAUCCCCCUCCUCUCUCUCCUCCUCCGGCACCCCCGUCCGUUCCGACUCUCGCGAGAGCCCUACUGGCUAUAAAGGCCGCGCCCCGGGGAGCUCUUGCGCGUCUUGUUCUUGCCUGCUGAUAGGAAGAUGUCUUCAGGAAAUGCUAAAAUUGGGCACCCUGCCCCCAACUUCAAAGCCACAGCUGUUAUGCCAGAUGGUCAGUUUAAAGAUAUCAGCCUGUCUGACUACAAAGGAAAAUAUGUUGUGUUCUUCUUUUACCCUCUUGACUUCACCUUUGUGUGCCCCACGGAGAUCAUUGCUUUCAGUGAUAGGGCAGAAGAAUUUAAGAAACUCAACUGCCAAGUGAUUGGUGCUUCUGUGGAUUCUCACUUCUGUCAUCUAGCAUGGAUCAAUACACCUAAGAAACAAGGAGGACUGGGACCCAUGAACAUUCCUUUGGUAUCAGACCCGAAGCGCACCAUUGCUCAGGAUUAUGGGGUAUUAAAGACUGAUGAAGGCAUCUCGUUCAGGGGCCUUUUUAUCAUUGAUGAUAAGGGUAUUCUUCGGCAGAUCACUGUAAAUGACCUCCCUGUUGGCCGCUCUGUGGAUGAGACUUUGAGACUAGUUCAGGCCUUCCAGUUCACUGACAAACAUGGGGAAGUGUGCCCAGCUGGCUGGAAACCUGGCAGUGAUACCAUCAAGCCUGAUGUCCAAAAGAGCAAAGAAUAUUUCUCCAAGCAGAAGUGAGCGCUGGGCUGUUUUAGUGCCAGGCUGCGGUGGGCAGCCAUGAGAACAAAACCUCUUCUGUAUUUUUUUUUUUCCAUUAGUAAAACACAAGACUUCAGAUACAGCCGAAUUGUGGUGUCUUACAAGGCAGGCCUUUCCUACAGGGGGUGGAGAGACCAGCCUUUCUUCCUUUGGUAGGAAUGGCCUGAGUUGGCAUUGUGGGCAGGCUACUGGUUUGUAUGAUGUAUUAGUAGAGCAACCCAUUAAUCUUUUGUAGUUUGUAUUAAACUUGAACUGAGA